AACGUUUUGGAAUAUGGGAAAUCACACUCAGCGAGUUUUAAAGUCGAAUUGUACCUUUGCUAAUUAAAUUGGUAACGUGACACCAGUCUGUAGAAAAUGCAAAAAAAUUUUCCAAAUUUAAGUACCGUAACCUGAUCGCUACAUGUAUGUGCGCUGAUAUUGUGCAACUGCCAAACAGCCAUCUAGACACUAGACAAAUGAGAAUGCUGUGGUUUCAUCUGUUCGGUUUUGAUGUGCACGGUAGUAGCCAAAGUUGUUUACUUUGAUCGAUAUUCCAGUCUGUGUAUGUUUACUAAAGUGUGGUGAAAUAACACUGCUUUGAAAACUGAUCUGUUGUGAAAUUUGCUGAAUUCUCGUGUUGGAGAAGCUUCGAUACACAUCGCACAGCUCAGGAAUUUGCUGAAUUUCCAAGCUUACGAUAUGGUAACGUUGUCCUAAGAUAUACCUCGAACAGCGAUGGCAGACUUACAAGCGAAAUUGGACAAGCUUAGGCAGAUUAAAUGGGAUCAUUCCUGUGCAUUUACCCUCUCACAAUUGAUAGAAAUAUACCCUUUGCCACAGAUUGUCAAAAUCUUCUUUCCGAACAAGAAUGAGCCAUCCCUGGGUAAGAAUACAAUAUUAUGCGUACACUCCUCGAUUCCUACCCAAAAGGUCCAUGGACUCUUGAACCGUGAAAAGGACAGAGAUAUAUUCAUUCCUCUCGACUGUCGCAGCAAACUGGAAGUGCGUAGCUCGAAUUUAAAAGAGGUUUAUGAAAGCGUAGAGGAAUUAUGUUCGGUGUUUCCAAAAUAUGCCCGCGUCUCAAAAGGUUAUUACUGUGAAAAGUCCAAAAAGAUUUUACUAAACUUUGGAGACAAAUUGCAGUUGAAAGGCAUCGACAAAAGCUUAAGAAAAAAAGAAAAAUUAGUUUGUCUCAAUCAACAUGGUAAGAAGGUGACACUACCAAAAGACUGUGUGGCCGGUUUUCAACCUUUGGAGGAUGGAAAAGAGUACUACAUAACGGACUUACUGAACAUAUAUAGAAUGCCAUUUAAAGCACAAUUUGUGGAGCCUGAAGGUGCAGAUGUCCGGGCGGGUGAAAGACCCCCUUGCCAAGCCUUUCAAACAAUAUACCUGGAUGGAGUCGCAAAUGAGACAGUGAUUACAGCGACGUCAUUGGAUGCUGAUGGCAAACACGAUCGCAUAAUAUCUCCUCGUGUAAUAAUCGGUGUGGUGGUAUGCGAAGAGGCUUUCAGACACAGCUCAGAACACGAGAGCAUUUUACAAUUGUUCAGCCCCGACAUUAAGCGGUCGGAUAAAACUGAUUCAGCCGAGCCUGGCCCAGACCCUUGCCGAGACCUUUGCCGGCCAGACCCUUGCCCAGACCCUUACGCAGAAUCGGAUUCCUUGUAUGAAGACAUCGAUAAUUACAUAAAAUGUUCAAUGAACAACAACAGUAAAAUUUCCACAAGUCCGGCACCUAAACUAACCACAACCAUCCCUGAAGACUACGAGACACCUGUGGAGGGGCUGCCUGAGAACUUAGAAAAGCCCACAGAUCUUGGAAGCCGUCGCUCGUCGGAGACCGGCAGUGCAUUGCCGAUGAAGGCUGUUCCUGAUUGUCCCGAGUUCAUAUACUACACAACGAUGGAUGCUCCAUUUAUCGGUGAUGAAGAUUAUAAACCGCCAAUUGUGGAGCGGCGAAGCUCAGAAGUCCGAUCUAUAAAACCAGAUAAAUCACCCUUGACAACGGAAGAGGAAUAUCAACCAUUAAUAAUGGAGCGGCGAAACUCAGAAGUUCAAUCCAAAAGACCAAAUAAACAACCCUUGUUUAGCGAAGAGGAUUAUCAGCCACUAAUUUGUGAGCAACAAAGCGCGGAAACCCAAUCCAAAAUACCAGAUAUACCACCCUUGCCUAACGAUGAGGAUUAUCAGCCACCCAUUGUGGAGCGACGAAGCUCAAAAAACCAAUCCAAAAUAUCAGACAACCCACCCUUGCCUAACGAAGAGGAUUAUCAGCCACCCAUUGUAGAGCGACGAAGCUCAAAAAACCAAUCCAAAAUAUCAGACAACCCACCCUUGCCUAACGAAGAGGAUUAUCAGCCACCCAUUGUGGAGCGACGAAGCUCAGAAACCCAAUCCAAAAUAUCAGACAACCCACCCUUGCCUAACGAUGAGGAUUAUCAGCCACCCAUUGUAGACCGACGAAGCUCAGAAACCCAAUCCAAAAUAUCAGACAACCCACCCUUGCCUAACGAUGAGGAUUAUCAGCCACCCAUUGUGGAGCGACGAAGCUCAGAAACCCAAUCCAAAAUAUCAGACAACCCACCCUUGCCUAACGAUGAGGAUUAUCAGCCACCCAUUGUAGACCGACGAAGCUCAGAAACCCAAUCCAAAAUAUCAGACAACCCACCCUUGCCUAACGAUGAGGAUUAUCAGCCACCCAUUGUGGAGCGACGAAGCUCAGAAACCCAAUCCAAAUCACCUGAUAUACCACCAACCUUGCCUAAAGAAGAUAUCCCAUUACCCGUCGAGGGGGUGACGUUGCCUAACAGCCUGCCAGAUUGUGAUACGGAAGACGAAAGCUCUUACAUACCACCUGACCCCAAACCCCGCAAACCUGAAAGCCAGCGCGAAAGCCUGACCAGCCCACCUGUUCCGCCACGUUCUGACUUGACACCCGAACGGAAAAGGGAUGAAAUCUACGAAGAACUCGCAAGGUACCCACUGGAUCUCUCGGUUUUAGACCUGACAGGUGUCGGUGGAUUAUUGAAAAGAUUAGGAAUGGGAAAGUACGUAGAGACUUUUAAAGAUGAGAUGAUUGACGGUCAAAUGUUAGUCGAUAUGGAUAAAGAAAGUUUACAAUCUUUGAAUGUCAGUUCAUUUCAUAUUAAGAAACUGCUAAACUUCAUUAGCGGGUGGAGACCCAAUAAAGAACCAAGUUCCCCUAAGUGCUCAGAUACAUACGUCAAAAUGUCGUGAUAUAAUAACUAUAUGAAACAACUAUAACGUCAAAGUGGAACUCAAGUGCGCAUCGGUUCUGCUCAAUGCGAGGUCCUAAGAUAAAAUAUAUGAAUAUUACGUUAUUUAUCUAAUCUGUUGUGGGUCUUACUAGGUAGAAUGUAAAUAGAAUGACACAGUCAUAUCGGUGUCAGAAAUCGGGGGCGUAUAAAGCUGGAAAGUGGGCAGAGGCCCCUAAAUAAAAUAUCUGGGGGGGCAGAAUAUUUCUCUCCUAACAAUAAUACAGGACUUUGUUCAAACUGAUUGGUUCAAAUUUGUAAUUUUAUAUAGGUUGUAGUAACAGAUGUACCUGUGUCCUGAA